UCAGCAGAUCCAAGGAACUCUACGAGCUUUAUACCUUCAGGAGAGAUCUAAGAUCACAUGUUGUACCGACUUUUAAGCACUUUCGAUGUGUAAAGGGCAUAAAUUUGUUAACCGUGAAGUAAAAAAAAAAUAUUCAAAGUAAUCACAACUCGGCGAUCUCCCAUUUAUGCAAAAAUCCCAAACGUUUUCUCGCACAAGCAGUUUGCUCAUUAUAUAUUCACUACCGGUCCAAAAUGAAGCGACGUUUCUAAAAAUAACGCAUGAUUUGGAGUACAUCAAAUCAAAGGGCGCACAACCCACACGGUGCACAGCAAUAAAUCGCCUAAUACCGGGCGUGUGGCAUCUUAGUACCGUUCGUGUUGUCAACAGCGACACACAAUGUGGUUAGAAACUUUACUACUCCUGUUGCUCCUUCUCAUUUUGGCCUACGCUUGGUUGCGCUAUCGCUAUGACUACUGGAAGCGCCAUCAAGUGCCGUAUUUGCCCACCACAUAUGGUAUUGGAAAUUUGGGUGAAUUACUUUCGAUGCAAACCAAUCCAGCAGAGUUUGUGCAAAAUUUGUAUAAUCAUUCGGAGGGUAGGAAUGAGCCGUUUGUUGGCUUGCAUGUCUUUACGCAGCCGGCAAUUUUGUUGCGUGAUCCUGAGCUUGUGAAACGCAUUUUAGUGAAGGAUUUUACCAAGUUCUGCGACAGAUUUUCCAAUGCCGACGCCAAAUGUGAUCCAUUGGGUUCGUUAAAUAUAUUUUUUCUGCGUAAUCCCGCUUGGAAAGAGGUGCGUUUCAAGUUGACGCCUUUCUUCUCCAGUGGAAAAUUGAAACAAAUGUUUCCAUUAGUUGAGGAGGUCGGACGUGAGCUUGAUAAAUAUUUGCUCUCCCAAAGCAUUGGAAGUGACGGAACGAAGUCCUUCAUGAUGGAAAUGAAAGAACUCUGCGCACUCUACACCACAGAUGUGAUAGCCACCACGGCUUAUGGCGUGCAAGCGAACUGUUUUAAAGUACCCAAUGGCGAGUUUCGACGACAUGGACGUGCCGUCUUUAAGUUUGGUGUGCGUCGUACAUUAGAAUUCUUAUUCGUCUUCUUUAUGCCGCAUCUAGUGCCGUAUCUUAAAUUCAAAGUUGUGCCGCCAGCCUCUUCCGAAUUUCUUCGUAACACUAUCAAUUAUGUAAUGAAGCACCGUGAGGAGUCGGGCACAAAGCGCAAUGAUCUCAUUGACAUACUAAUUGAGUUCAAAAAUUCGACGAAAAGCAAAACAUCUGCUAGUGGCGUCAUUUACGAGGGUGAUAUAUUGGUCGCGCAGGCGGCGCUCUUUUUCACUGCCGGUUUCGAGUCCUCCUCGGCGACUAUGUCCUUUGCGUUGUAUGAGUUGGCGUUACAACCGGACUUACAGCAGCGUGUGCGUAAUGAAAUUGCGGCAGGUUUAGCGCUUAGUGGCGGUAAAGUCACUUACGAAUAUCUGGAUACAUUGGUUUAUAUGCAGAUGGUAAUUGAUGAAGUGUUGCGCAUGUAUCCACCGCUGCCAUUUCUUGAUCGUCAAUAUACCGCGCCGCCUGAAGAGGGCGGUUACUCGCUGGAACCGUAUCACAAAUAUCGGCUGCCACAUGGUAUGCCAGUUUAUGUACCCGUUUAUGGUCUACACAUGGAUCCGAAAUUUUACCCCCAACCGAAAAAAUUCGAUCCGGAGCGUUUUGCACCCGAGCAUAAGAAACAACUGCCACCUUACGCUUACAUGCCUUUCGGCUUGGGCCCACACGCUUGCAUUGGCGAACGUUUCGCUAUGAUGCAGACGAAAAUCGGACUCACCUAUUUCCUGCUCAAUCACAAAGUCACCACCUGUCCGCUCACCAAGAUACCCAUGCAAUUGGAUCCUAAAGCCGUUGUGAUACAAGCUGAGGGUGGCAUACACCUGAAUGUGGUGCGUAGUCCUCUAAGCGAGCGUGAGCUGUAAACGCCAAUUCUCUGUUGCUGUAUUGCUUUCCAAACCAACUUGACCGUGUGUACUAAGCGAAUGAGUGAAAGUUACUUAGAUCCAAUACAUUUUAAGGGCCUUCAAGGGCCAGUGCACCAGCGUUAGGAUGUUUUAUAAAAAAGUAUUUAAUUUAUUUAAUUUGUAUGUCAAUUGAGUGUUUAAAGCAUUUAAACUUGGGUCAAUAGCACCUUUGCGUGUGUUGGAUAAUUUUCGAGAUUUUUUUCUAUUUCA